CGCACUCAGCGCGGACAUGGCUCCGGAACUCAAGCCUAUUGACCCCAAGCCACCACGAUGGGAGCCUACGUCGGAUCCCAACCACAUUACUGUCCCUGGUCUCGAUACCACCGCGCCGGUUUACGACCAGAUUGAGCAGAUUGAGCAGCUCAUUACGAUCAAGUUGCAGAAUAUAGACGCGAAUUUCUCCAAGAUACAACAUGUCAUGGCGGGCAGGAUAUUACCUGCGGUGAAACGGUACGGGGUUGGUUCUCAGCCUGUAAGGGAGGCUGCGCAGUUUUGGACGACAUUCUACGAACAAGCUGCACAGAUUCGGAUUCCUACCUACGACGACUACAACGCCACCCCGGACCAGGAAGAGGAGUCCGAACAGACGGAAGCCGAGACGGCUUCUGCUGAGCCCUCAACUCACUCAGAUACCGAGUCAGAAGCAUCCACACCCCAAGCCAAUCGUACGUUCAAUCCCGACGGCACGUCCUCGGAGGUGUCGUUCGCGCCACAAGCCGCGAUUUCGUCCACUCCGGCGACAUCCCGUACUCGUUCGCGAUCGCGGAAUGCCCAUGACAGUUACACAAGCCAGGGGUCUGAUCCUACCCCAUCCUGGACGGCCUCUCUCGAGUCGCCUCUCAUGCAACUCAACCGCGACAUCCGGAGCCUCUCUGAGGAUGCUUCCUUUGGGGUGCCAUCUACGAACCACCGCUCUAAUGCUUAUGAUGAAUCCGAAGAUGUUACGCAGUGCCCGAUCCUCCCGGAGGCCGAGUCCCAUGAACCGCAGACCGCACGGCCUCGGGAGAAAGGCAAAGGCCGUGAACCUCAACAGCUGUUACAGAACGUGCUACGCAGGAACGCAAACACAUCAACAGCCUCGGGAUCCAGCGCUGGUAGCCGCCUGACCUCUCCGCUGAAGUUCAAACCUAAGACUCCAGUGCUCAAGACGCUGAAUCCGUACCUCCCCCCAGAUACAGACCCUUCUGACUGGAAGGGUGUUAUCAAUCUCUCGGACCCUGCCUCAGCGACGCCUAGACGAACCACAGGCCUGCCCGCCUCUUCUGUCAAGCUGUCGGGGUUCAAACCUUCCGCGACAACCCAUACCAUCGGACUUGCGCGGGGCAGGACAAAGACGCCGCCCCCAUCGGGGGAGGACUCGUUCGACGAGAACUUCGGGAUGUCACCGCCCGUGAUGACGGACUAUGCCAGACUUCCGCAGCUGGGACGCACGCCCAGGAAAGAGGCCGCCGAGAGGAUCAUGAAGGACCUUCUAGACGUCGAACGACGAGGGGUAUUCGCGCCGCCUGGGACAGGUGCCAGACGUAAUGUCGGUCCAGGGCAGGCGAGAGGUGGCACGGAAAGUAGUAUGAGCACCAUUCCGACGCCGCCAUCAAUGACUCGGUACUCGCGCUCCCCGUACGUACCAGCAGGCUCAUCCGAGACUAGCAGCAGCGUGGUGGACCCGAGCCUGGACAGCCUCAUGCGCCGCGUGGGCCUCAACGUCCCGGGUUAUGGCAACACACUUCCGCCAACCACCUACAGGGCUCCCGCGCCUGAACCCUCACGCGCCCCCGUGUUCAGUAGCCUUUCUUCUGCGUCGUCCCUGCCCUCAUUCCACGGCGCCGCCUCCUCCAUACGUGCGCCACAGUCCGCCGCGCCCCCACUGGAUCCUGUGCAGACGCCGGAACAGCCCCGAUACGACGACUUUUACGACGAUGAGGUUAUCGGACAGGCUGGCGAGAUGGACCCGGAUUCCUCGAACGAUUCCCUCGACUACGACGAGGAAGCGCACAACACCGCGAACCCAUCGGCGGCGUUCCUGCUUGCGGCGCAGCGCCCGUCCUUUGAGGACGACGAAGAUGACUCGUUCGACUCUUCCAUGGGGGACGAUGACCCGGGUGACGAGGAAAGCGGUAUGGCGCCCAUUCAUCCGUUCCUGGCAGGCGCCCAGCCAUCCGAGGAGGACUCGUUCGACGAUGACUCGUUUGACGACGUCGGAUACGGACCGGGUGGAGAGGAGGAGACGGUGUUCGGCGUCGCCCCCGCGCAGAGGCUGCAGCAGCAAGCACAACAGGCAGCGCAGUUCAGGAUGCUUGGGGAGGACCUCCUGCAGGACACGAUCGGGAUAGGGUCGCAGAUGGCGAUGGCGGGGCGAGUGGAUGAGAGUCCGACGCCGUGGAUCCCCGGCGGCCGCGACUGAGCUGUACUCGCUGGGAACUGUCGACGUCGUGCAGGUUAGCUGACAUGUUGUAUAUACCCCUUGCUUCGCUCUUCGAUGUAUUCUCUCACUCUGACGGUCUCCGCCCCGCUGGUGCGUUCCCAUGGAGGCGUAAUCUCAUGCGAAUAUAUACGAGUC